UAUCUGGCAAAGAUGGUGAGGGCAUGAGACUAACGUUUAAAUGACCUAGAAGAAGAAUUAUCUCAAGAAUAUUACUGUCAUUUCAAUUUGUUCACGGGGCAUUUCAAAAUGGCGGCGAUAUGGUAUUCCACAUGUUUUCUGGCUGCAGUUAUUCUUUCUGUCAAUGGAGCGAGCCAGUUUUCGCCUAUCGUAGAUCGCCAUCCGAGUAUGGAAUUCGUCUCAGGAUACAACGGAAGCGUGACGUUUGAGGCUCUGAUGCCCGGCAACGUGUCGAUAAACACUUCUUCCGACCACUCCCUCUACUACAAGGACGUCGACCUCAUCAACAUAAUCAGGCUGGUGAACGCCACCCCACCUAUUUGGGACGAUUAUGGGACAUAUGGCUACGUUGGGGCCUUCUUGGGACUUCAGAAAAUAUCUGUCUUCAUCCACGCUAAGGACUCUGAGGGCCGUGCCAUGACGUACACCGUGGUAGCUGGGGACCUCCCCGUGGGGAUAAGUCUGGACCCCCUCACUGGUGAACUGAAGGGGGUGGCCCCCGACCUUGACGCCACCUACGUUGUUACCGUCCGUGCGACUAACGCCCUGGGCGCCUUCGCAGACGCAAUCUUCAAAUUUGCUGUCAAGAAUUCCCAUGUCUGCAUGAACAGCCCGUGUCAACAUGAGGGCACCUGCGAAGAAAAUCACGGAAUACUCCGAUGUGACUGUCUUCAUCCGUAUGGCGGGACAUUGUGCGAGCUGAACUGCACAGGUAAUGCACUGGGAGUAUCUCAAAGUGUGAAGGCUGUCCAUGAUGCGCAGAUGUCGGCGUACCUCACCUCCUCCACGUAUAACGCUUCCGACGGGAGGCUCGAGGGGAAGGGAUGGCGCGGAACUGGGGAGCUCUCCUGGCUCCAGAUCGAUCUAGGCAACCAGACAUUGAUCCACGGCGUGCAGAUGCAAGGCGUGAACAGCGAUUACUACACUUCCAUGUUCCUAGUCCAGUAUAGCCUGGACGGCCGGCAUUUCCACAACUAUACCAACCCGUUCAGUGGUGUCGUUGAGGAACUUGUGGGCUCUACCUCGACUACAGUGAUCACAAGCUACCUUGGCAGGACGACUCCGCUGGUGACCCGCUUCGUGAGACUGCUUCCCACAGACUGGAAAAAGUCGCUCCUGCCAGCCAUGCGUGUGGAACUGCUGGGCUGUCAUCUGUACUAGAUCUACAUACAAAUAAUACCGCUCCAUGA